AUGGAAGAUCAAGCUCCCUGCAAGUCUCCUGCCCAGAACCUUCAAGGUGCAUUAGGGGCAACUGACAGACUGAUGUGCUCUCUGGUCCAUAGGAGAAAAGUUAAGCUGAUUCAUCUCAGUAGUGUCGCUCUAGACGAACUAGACUAUAACGAUCGUCCGGCAACCACUCAUGACGGGAUAUAUGGGCCCGCAGUGUCUCUACGGACCGGUUCUUCUCGAUUGGCAAUCCAUAACAUCCGCACUAUAGCGAAAGCAGGGCGUCAUUCGUCUAAGACGAUCGAUAGAUGGCCUGGCCAUUUACGUUCGUCCUGCAAAAGUGCUCUAGUGCCAUUCCAGUUUCCUGGGGAAAGCUGCUCAUCCUACUAUCUAUUCUUAGCCGCAGUAGUGGGGUACUAA